AUGGGUAUGGGGUUAGGAGGUGUGAGGAAGGAUUUCAGGGGUAUGGGGUUAAGUCUGAGGAAGGAUGUCAUGGGUAUGGGGUUAGGAGGUCUGAGGAAGGAUGUCAGGGGUAUGGGGUUAAGUCUGAGGAAGGAUGUCAUGGGUAUGGGGUUAGGAGGUGUGAGGAAGGAUUUCAGGGGUAUGGGGUUAGGAGGUCUGAGGAAGGAUGUCAGGGGUAUGGGGUUAGGAGGUGUGAGGAAGGAUGUCAGGGGUAUGGGGUUAGGAGGUGUGAGGAAGGAUGUCGGGGGUAUGGGGUUAGGAGGUCUGAGGAAGGAUGUCAGGGGUAUGGGGUUAGGAGGUGUGAGGAAGGAUGUAGGGGGUAUGGGGUUAGGAGGUCUGAGGAAGGAUGUCAGGGGUAUGGGGUUAGGAGGUCUGAGGAAGGAUGUCAGGGGUAUGGGGUUAGGAGGUCUGAGGAAGGAUGUCAGGGGUAUGGGGUUAGGAGGUGUGAGGAAGGAUGUCAGGAGUAUGGGGUUAGGAGGUUUGAGGAAGGAUGUCAGGGGUAUGGGGUUAGGAGGUGUGAGGAAGGAUGUCAGGAGUAUGGGGUUAGGAGGUUUGAGGAAGGAUGUCAGGGGUAUGGGGUUAGGAGGUGUGGGGAAGGAUGUCAGGGGUAUGGGGUUAGGAGGUGUGAGGAAGGAUGUCAGGGGUAUGGGGUUAGGAGGUCUGAGGAAGGAUGUCAGGGGUAUGGGGUUAGGAGGUGUGAGGAAGGAUGUCAGGGGUAUGGGGUUAGGAGGUCUGAGGAAGGAUGUCAGGGGUAUGGGGUUAGGAGGUGUGAGGAAGGAUGUAGGGGGUAUGGGGUUAGGUCUGAGGAAGGAUGUCAGGGGUAUGGGGUUAGGAGGUCUGAGGAAGGAUGUCAGGGGUAUGGGGUUAGGAGGUCUGAGGAAGGAUGUCAGGGGUAUGGGGUUAGGAGGUGUGAGGAAGGAUGUCAGGAGUAUGGGGUUAGGAGGUUUGAGGAAGGAUGUCAGGGGUAUGGGGUUAGGAGGUGUGAGGAAGGAUGUCAGGGGUAUGGGGUUAGGAGGUCUGAGGAAGGAUGUCAGGGGUAUGGGGUUAGGAGGUGUGAGGAAGGAUGUCAGGGGUAUGGGGUUAGGUGUGUGUGGAAGGAUGUCAGGGGUAUGGGGUUAG